UCGCAAAACUUUUUUGCUGGGUGCUUUGUGUGGAUUUGUGUGUAUUACGUCGAAUCGAGAAACUGAAUUUAUUUUUACUUUUAUUUACCUUGAUUCAAAGAGUUUUAUUUUUAUAAUCAAACCAUAUUACUGAUAACAGUGUACAAUUUGCGACGCGAGAAAUUAUAAACGAUACACAAACGCACAAAGUAACAAAAAAAAAAAUUAAUAAAUAAAAAAUUGGUUUGAAGAAACGAAGUUCAGGGGCAAAGGAGCUUCUUUUGGGCACAAAGUAAAUGAAAAACUUUUAGGCGUGCCAGUGUCGAGGGCCAUACAAAUUUUCAACUGUAUUGAUCUCAUUUGCCAAAUCCAGGACUUUAGACAACAAAUUAGUGUGCACCAUUGCAAAGUUUCAACACCUGCAGUCUUAAAAUGUUGGAUUUAGAAAUCGUACCAGAGUUGUCGCUUGGGUGUGAUGCUUGGGAAUUUGUCUUGGGCAUGCACUUUUCGCAAGCAAUAGCGAUUAUACAAUCUCAGGUGGGAAUUAUUAAAGGUGUGCAAGUACUCUACUCUGAUACGAACCCUCUUGGUGUGGAUAUCAUAAUAAACUUGCCGCAAGAUGGUGUUCGCUUGAUUUUUGAUCCCGUUGUACAACGUUUAAAGACCAUUGAAGUAUUCAAUAUGAAGUUGGUAAAACUGAAGUACGGUGGAGUACACUUCAAUUCCCCCGAGGUGCUGCCUUCCAUUGAACAAAUUGAGCAUUCCUUUGGAGCUACUCAUCCAGGAGUAUACGAUGCAGCGAAACAACUAUUUGCGUUGCACUUUCGUGGCUUGAGCUUCUUCUUCCCCGUUGAUAGCAAGUUACAAGAAGGAUAUGCACAUGGCUUAGGAUCUCUGAUUUUCUUAAGUGGAGCAUCGCCUGUGGUUUCGAAAAUGUCACUCUACUCCGGUAGUAACGUUUCUGAGACACGGGCUCCUCCGCUUCCACUCUCUUGUUACCAUCGGCAAAUCUAUCUAGAUUCAGUAACUGUCUUGCGUACGGCAAAUGGUUAUACCAAGGGUCUAAAACUGAAGCUCUUCACU